AUGACGUCUGUUUUUAAAUCGACUCAGCUGCCUAUUUUAAUUUUAUGCAAGGUUUUUGGUUUAAUUAACCUAUCAUAUACAUUUGAAUCUACUGGAUUAUUGGUCCAAAAUAAUACUAACACAACACAAUAUGCAUUGCUUGAAAUAAUUCGCAUGUGCGUGUUGAUAAUGUUUACAUACAUAGUUUAUUGUAGAGGAUUUUAUUAUAUAGUAUAUUUCCGUUUAGUUAAAUUUUGGAUUGUCAUUAUUGCAUCAAGAAUAUCUGAAUUAUGGAUAAUAAAGUUGAUCAAUGGAAUUAUAGAGUUUGAUCAAAAACUAGCUCUCCUUUCAACUGCAUUCAUGGUUCGUCGUCGUUCACUAAGUAAAAAGAGAUGGAUUAUUAUUGCGAUUUCGUUAUUUUUAUAUCUUGUAGGAUACGAAGUGUGUGCUUUAAACUUAUGGCAUCUGAAGACUUUAGACAUUACUACUAUACCAGUGUUAUUUUUUAGUAUGCCAUAUAUAACAGACUUUGUGGUUAUUAUCACAGUUAGCUUUUAUCUCAAUAACUUAAACUAUAGAUUUCAAACAUUAAAUGAUUUCUGGAAAUGUCUUCCUAGUGGAUUAAUCCCUACUCGAGGUGAAUGGACUCAACCCGAAAUAGUUAUGUUGGUAGAAAGCAUUAGAUUAUUACACGCUAAACUAUCUGAAAUAUUGAAAAUUUUUAAUCUGAGUUAUGGUUUAUUACUGUUAGGUUUCUUUGUAUGCAGCUUCAUUGAUUUUAUCUACAUAUUUUAUUUGAUGAUUUAUCAUGAGCUAGCAUCACCAAAAGUCAGUUUUACCCAAAAUAUUAUAAAAUAUUUGCCACUUCAUAUGUUUACCUUUCAAAUAAUAGUUUUUAUGAUGUCGAUCAUUGUUGCUGUUUCGUGGAUAAAAGAAGAGAAAAAUAGAAUUAUAUCAUAUUUACGUUUGUGUCGGAUUUCAAAAUUACCAGUCGACACAAAACUACAAGUUAAAAUGUUUUUGAAUCAAAUAACAAUUUCGGACUUUGAUGAAAUAACAGCAUUUGGAUUUUUCAAUAUCAAUUUGAAUUUAGUCAUAGCAAUUCUCAUAUUGCUAAUAACCGGAUUAGCGUCAUUAAUACAAAUGAGAAACCAUCCAAUUAUUCUUACAAUGGUCAAUAAUACUCUAUCAUUCUACAAAAUUUGGGUACUUAAUUAA